AUGGCACAAAGAGCUGCUCCGGCUGCUGAGCUGUCUGGUCGCGUGGUGGGACUGCCAAGCUUAGUUGGUCAAGCCAUUGCUGUACAGGGCCCGGACGCGUCGCAGAAGCGUGCAUCCGUGAAAGCAGGGGCGGCAGUCAGCUUAACACCUUCCCUGGCCAAAAUCGCCAACAAAGAUGUCGUAGUGGAGCUCCGAGGCCUACCCCAGGCGCCGCCUUUCAAGGUGGGUGGUCGUUCAGGGAAUGCUGUGACCAGCAGCCACUCCAACAAGAUCCAUCGAGGGUGGCGCAUUGUGGCAGUAUGUGGCCAGCGUGUGCCCGCAGAGGAGGUCCCGGCCGCAAUCUCCGCUGCUCAGAAGUCCGCGAAGUACACCGUGACCUUCCGUCUCAGCACCGAGGAGGAGUUCUCCAAGGAGAAGGACCAAAAGGAGCAUCAGGACGAGCAGAAGCGAGACCUUGACAUCGAGCGGGAGCAAGCCCGACUUCGCGAAGAAGAGUCAAGGAAAGAGCGUGAGAGGAUGGAGGAGGAGGAACGACUGGAGCGCGAGUUGCAACAGAAGAGGCUGGCAGAAGCGGAGGCAAAGGCUCUCCAGAUAGCGCGACAAGCUGCCGAAAAGAGCUUAGAGAAAUCGACAGGCCUCCCUGCACGCGACAAGGUCCAAGAGCCCCAAAAGGCUUUGCUAGCAGCACUGGCGCCGGCAGCACCUGCAGAAGCCAAACCAGUUGCAAAGCCCAACGGCCCCUGCGAUAAGUGCGAUGGGCCACAUGCCACGGAUGAUUGCCCACACUUCAAGAAGCCCCGGGACGACCACAAGGAUGCUUUCGAGAACUACCAAAAGGGAAGCGUGGAGAAGACCGAGGCCGAGUCGGUAUCGGAAAAGCUGCCGAAGUCUACCCGGGUUUUGCCACAGCCCGGAGAUGGGUCCUGCCUCUUCCACUCUUUGAGCCAUGGCCUGAAAAAGGGCCAGGGCGCUUCCGCACUCCGGGCCGAGAUUGCGGACUACAUUGCGAGCCACCCAGAGGAGGAAGUUGCUGGGAACCCAAUCUCCGACUGGGUCCUUUGGGAUUCAGGAGAAGAUCCAAACGCCUAUGCCCUCUCGAUGAGGGAGGGUUCCCGCUGGGGUGGUGCCAUGGAAAUCGCUUUGUGCGCCAAGCUGCAUCGCAUUCGGGUGGACAUCUUCGAACGAAGAUCGGACCAUUUCCUGCGAAUAGCAUCUUUCGGGGAAGCGGACAAGUUCGAGCCAGUGAGACUCCUAUAUGGAGGCCGAGUUCACUACGACGCUCUCGAAGUGUGA